GUGUUGCUCCGACACUCACCGCAGUGGGGUCUAUCCAUCGCCCACACGUACUCUAUUAGUUUUAAACUCUUUAGUGUCAAAAUAAGUGUUAAUUUCAACGGAUCUCUUCUCAAACGGAACAUUUAGUGGGAUAAUUCGAUUCUUCGCUCCUGUUUGGAAUACUUUCGCCUUUGUUUUUGCCAGCUAAUCCAAUAUGGCGACGUCAGUCCUCCAACCCGAAGAAUGCCGUCAGCACGAGCCCAAACCCGACAUCUCCGAGUCCCCCCGACUGACUGACGAUGAGCGGGUCCAGAUCCUAGAGGCCAAGGAGCGCGAGACAGGGGAUCUGCCCCAAGAAUUAAGGGAGAAAGCUCGCUUGGAGCUGAGAGAGGAACCUGCGCUAAGGGAACAGGCGCUGGCACAGAUGAGGCACUUCAUUGAGAAGCAUCCUGCUAUCCGGAAGUGUAGGACUGACUCACCGUUCCUCCUCCGCUUCCUCCGCACGAAGAAGUACUCCAUCCCUCAAGCAUGCUCCAUGCUGGAGCGAUACCUCACCAUCCGUCAGAUGUACCCUAACUGGUUCCAGAAGUUAGACCCUUUGGACCCUAAGAUCGCGGCCGUUAUCGACGCCGGGUAUUUGGUGCCCCUGCCGAAGAGAGACGCUGAGGGGAGGCGAGUGGUUUUGUCUCGUAUGGGCCGCUUCGACCCGCACGUGUACGACAGCAACGUAAUGGCGCGCGUUCACUCCAUGAUAGUGGAGCUGCUUCUGGAUGAGCCCCGCUCGCAACUGCUCGGGUACUCCCACGUCAACGACGAGGCUGGCAUGCAGAUGCCACACGUCAGCCUCUGGUCGCUCAACGACGUGCGGAUCAUGCUCAAUUGUAUACAGAACUCUACCCCAAUGCGUCACAAGCGUACACACUUCGUAAAUAUUCCUAGUUACGGCAUAAAAUUCUUCGAGUUUGCCGUGUCACUGCUUAGCGAUAAACUUAAAGAUCGUGUAAUGUUCCAUCGUACUUCUGACGAGUUGAUGAAACAUGUAGAUCCAGCGAUUUUACCCAAAGAAUAUGGCGGCACGGUUCCUUUGAGGGAUAUGAUUGAGGAAUUAAAGAGAAAUCUACUUAAACGUCGCGAAGAUUUGCUGGCUCUGGAUGACAUGUGGGUAGAUUUACAUGCUCUCGAGAAAAAUGACAUAAACCAAGACUUGCAUUCAACUGCUGGAUCUUUCAGAAAACUGGAAUUAGACUAAAUUAUUAUAAAAAUAAAAUAAAAAUAUGCUGUAAUGACAAUAUUUUGGAGCCACUAAUUAUUUUGAUAAAAAGACAUGCGCGUGGUUGGAGGUGAUUUGUAGAUCUACAGUAGGUAGGGCGAUAUUGCUAAAGCGUGUAUUUUGAUGGAAAAAUGUAAUUUUAGAAUAAGAAUUGUUACAAUUUAACAACAUAUUGUAUAUUAUUGUUAUCAAGAAAUAGGGAAAUAGUUGAAGUGAGAUCAUAGAUAAAACAUUCCCAAUUAAAAUGUGAUGGUUUGUUUAGAUACCUAAUGGUUUAUAACAUUUAAGAUUUACACAUUUAUAAUAGGCCCAGAUCUCAAACUUGCGUCAUUUUAUUUAAGCAAAAAGAUUGACUUCGGAAAUACUCAUUAUUGCGAUGAAAAAAGGUGCUUUGUGUAAAAAUCUCUGUUACUGUCCCUUUUAUUUGUAAACUAGUUAGCUAGUGGCAGCCGUUGGUGGUGUCACGUUACCAUUCUGCUUCGAUUUGUCAUUGUUUUUUGACAUUAUAAGUCAGCGUUUUUGACAUGUCUAAAAUAUUUUAAUCUAAGAAAUGUUUUAGAUUUAAUAUCAUGUAGUAUGACACGUCCGUGACAUGACAACCUGACUGCUGCUUUUUAAUUAUAAGUCCUUUUGCGCACUAAUAAGAAUAAAAUAGUAUUGUACUUUUAUAUUAAUGGCUUUUUACUUAUUUGAAAAUAAGUGCAAUUAAAUUAUGUUACAGCUAAUCAGAAUCACAGGGAUAAUUAUGUCAACGUAAUUUCUGUAAAGAACUUUAUUGAUUUUGUUUCUAAAUUGUUAAAAGGUAUAAUAUAAAUAUUUUUGUAAGGCUUAUAAAAUAAACUAUAUUAAUGAUG